UGGCAGACCGGGGGGGGGGGGCGCGGACCCUGUCCUGAGGUUGUUCCUUCGGGCAGGGGGAUUCUUGCCGUGAGCUCGGCGCGGUCGCCCACAGACGGCUGAGGAAGGACGGAGGGAGAUCCCGAAGGAGCGGAGCCGGGAGAGGCCCCCCCCCGGUUCAAAAGGCGCCGCCGAGCAAGGGACGCGGGGGCAAGCGCCCUCCGUGGGGCUCGGGGCGUCCAGGCAGGGGCACUCCUUCGCCCUCCCCUCCGGCCAGCAUGGGGCUGGGCGCGUGGAGCACCUGCCUGGCUCUCUCCUGGCUGCCCUUCGUGGCCGGGGGCUUCCCUCAGCGCGCCAGCUCAAGAGACCGCAGGCAGCUGCUAGCUGCGAACCAACCUGGGGUCUGUCACUAUGGUACUAGGCUUGACUGCUGCUAUGGCUGGAAAAGCAACAGUAAAGAGCAUUGUGAAGCCAUCUGUGAACAUGGAUGCAAAUAUGGGGAAUGUGUGAUGCCAAACAAAUGCAAAUGUUUUCUUGGAUUCACAGGAAAAACCUGCAACCAAGAUAUCAAUGAAUGUGGAUUGAAACCCCAUCCCUGCAAACACAGAUGUAUGAACACACACGGCAGCUACAAGUGCUAUUGUCUCAAUGGGUACAUGCUCAUGCCAGAUGGCAUCUGCAGAAAUUCCAGGACAUGUGCUAUGGUGAACUGUCAAUAUGGCUGUGAAGAAGUGAAAGAUGAUGUGCGAUGCUUGUGUCCGUCAAGUGGACUUCAGUUGGCACCAAAUGGAAAAACAUGCAUAGAUAUUGAUGAGUGUUCCACUGGAAAAGCUGUUUGUUCUUUCAACCGCAGAUGUGUGAACACAUUUGGAAGUUAUUAUUGCAGAUGUCAAGUUGGAUAUGAGCUGAAACAUAUAAAUGGACGAUAUGACUGUGUAGAUAUAAAUGAAUGUAUGGCGAAUAUAGCCAAGUGUAAUUCCCAUGCAGAAUGCCUCAAUACCCAGGGGUCCUUCAAGUGCAAAUGUAAACCAGGCUACCGAGGCAGUGGAUUUGAAUGUUCUGUUAUUCAUGAAAAUUCAGUCAAAGAGAUUCCAAGAAUAUCUGGCAUUGCCAAAGAGAAGCUCAAGAAACUGCUUAUACAAAAGAACAGUGUAAAAAAGCAUGAAGAUAUUAAAAAUGUGAUCCCUGAACGGCCUAUGACCCCACUUUCUAAAACUCAAGUAAAGCCAUUAGGCUAUGAAGAUGGUGUGUACACAGAGGGGGCCUAUGUUGAGCAUGGGAAACGCACGGGAGGUGCUGGAAGAGGUGGAGAAACAGAAGAGAAAGAAGAUGUGGAGGGAGAAAGGGACAGCUCUGAAAAUCAAGCUGGCCACGAGAAGAAACUCCGAGGAGAUGUAUUCUCUAAAGAAGCUGCUGCCUUUGCUCCUUUCCCAGUACAAAGGAAAAUUUCAGACCAAAAGGCAGAGCUAGAAGUGGACUGCAGCUUUGGGCGAGGAUCUUGUGGCUGGCAGCAAGAUACCGAUGAUGACUUUGACUGGAAUCCUGCAGAUCAUGUGAAUGGUGAUGGAUAUUACAUGACUGUUCCAUCCUUUGUCGGACACAAGAAUGAUGUUGGUCGACUGAAACUUCUACUCACUGAUCUUGAGCCAAAGAGCAUAUAUUGUCUGAUUUUUAGUUAUCGACUUGCAGGAGAAAGGGUGGGGAAACUAAGAGUAAUCCUGGGUGACACGACUAAUAGUCCUUCCUGGGAACAGAGUGUGGAGGAGGAUGAAUGGUGGAGAAUGGGACAAAUUGAAGUACAAACAGAGGCUGAAGCAACUACCAAUGUCAUCUUUGAGGCUGAACGUGGAAAAGGUAGAACUGGAGAAAUUGGAAUGGACACUGUGAUACUAUUUUCUGGUAUGUGUCCUGAAGGCCACUUGACGUGGGAUAUCUGAGCUUACUUUCUGACUGCUACUGUAUUACUGUAUUAUUAUGCUGUACUAAUAAAGAAUUUUAUAUCAUUGUGGUGUAGAAAACAUGCAGAUGUGGGAAUCGUGUUUUGAAUGACAGUGCAGACAGAAAAACUAGCAAGUCUAAAAUGUCUCCACCAAGGAAACAUGUUUGUAUAUAAAACAUUUGAAGCUUUGUUUUUAUAUGUAGCUCUACUGUAUUAAUACCAUUUAUGGCCAUGGCCUUAUAUAAUGUGAAAAUAUUUGUCUAGCUCUUCUACAAUAGAUGUGCUUUAUUAUAUAUAAAGUUUCAUUUUUAAAAAUCCUAUUAUUGUUUAUUCCACAACCCUCAUACAGGAGUAUGAAGUAGUACUUUUGAAAAUUUAAAGCACUGAGUCUGGUACAUUUGAUACUGUAAUUGCUUUUUGGAUGACAAUCUUACAAUUCCUUACGGUUCGCUUUGCUGGUUGGAGCUGAUGAAAUUUGUCAGCCCAAAUCUUCAGAGGCUAGAUGCUGCCUAUCUUGGAUUUAGAGCCCUAACAGUAUGGAGAGACCACCUAUGUUAAUAAUAUUUUUGUGCUCUCAAGUUGAUUUUGACUUACAGUGAGUCUUCCUAUAAUUUUCUAUGUUUAAAGCAUUCAGAAACAGUUUACUAGUCUGUCCUUAGGUGGUGCUCUGGGAACAUACAGCUUACCCAAGGCCAAACAGGGCACGUGACUCCAUCAGCCACACAUCAUCCGACUGAUCUUGGUCCCAGGGCUCAGAAUGAGAAUUUGAAAUCCUAGCACCUGGUACUGCAAGCAGGGGCUCCAACCCGGGAUUUAUACCAGUACACUACGAUGUGGAUACAUGGGACAUACCACUGGGGAUAUACCACUGCAUGCUUGGUGACUAUUGCAGUAAAUCUGUCAAGUGUGAAAGAGGAAAGGCCUUUUAAGAAGUCCUUAAAUCAGUGGUGGGCAAAGUGCACCUGUGG